AUGGAUUCUCUCGAAGAUUAUGGUGACUCCUCAUUAAUCGAGCUCUAUAAUCAAGAGAAAGAGCUCACUGAAAGAAUGCGCUCUGAGCUUUUCCAUCUACAGCAGGAAGUUGAAACAAAAGAAAGAGAAAGAGAAAAGAUAGAAGAGGGAGAGCUCAAUGAAAUCAAUAAAAGACUCGUUCGUUUGAAAUGUGAAAAUCAUAUUUUGCAAUUAAGAGCAAAACAUGAAGAAAAAACAAACGACGCAAUCUUAUCAAAGAAUCUUUCAGUUAUUAAACGAGAAAGAAACAUAUUAAGCGAAUAUUCGCAAGAUAUGGAAAAGUUUUCCAGGAUACAACGUGAAACAAUUUUAGAUUCUAUUAACCAACUCGUUCAAAAAUGCCAAAAACUGAUGUCAGAAAACGCUUUAACAGAUGAAGUUAUUAAAGAAACUACUGAAUCUCUGACAAAGUACUUCAAAAAUCAUCAGGAAUCGAUGAAUGACGAAGCAAAGAAAAUCGAUCAAAAAAUUGAACAAGAAACGAAAGAAAACAUAGAAUUACAAAAAUCUAUAGAACUAGUUAGCGCUGGAAUCAACACUAACCGUAGAAGAACUAGCAUUGGAGUUGACACCCAAUUUGGCGGAUCUAACUUAAAUGCUAUAAGAAGACAUAGCGAAAUAAUGCCGAUCUCAUUGAGAUUACGGCAAAAUCAAGUUCAUCUUAGAAAAUAA